UGUACAGUUAAAGGAACAGUAAAUCCGAGGGUUCGGCAACGUGCUAAUUAUGGUGAUCAUUUGAGUACAUAUAUUCCGUUACCGGCAUUCCCUUGAGAGCCAGAAUAUCUAGAAAUCAGUCGCACUUCCAGACAUGAUCAGUAUACUCUUGGUCGGCUAUUUUACUCUCGUAUUUGUCAUAAGUGUUCAGACCAUUAAUUUGGAUCAGCCCUUAAGAGAUAAUGCUUUGGAGAUCAAAUCGUUUAAUUCCCAUUCCAAUCAUCGGGGAAAGUUCUUCCCGCUAUUCAGCGUCGUGCGUUUCGCUAACUCCGAGUGCUUGUCGAGCAUCGAUCAACUUAAUGGCACGUGCUUCACAAGACGAGAGUGUAUGAAUUUCGGGGGUAACCCGUCGGGAUCGUGCGCUAACAGAUUGGGCACUUGUUGCAUAUUUCAAAAGUCUUGCGGCUCCACCACCAACAUGAACAACACAUAUUUCGUAAGUCCGAGAUAUCCUAUCACUUAUCGAGGUGGAGAACGUUGCUCGAUCACAGUGCAACGUUGUAAUCCUAAUAUAUGUCAGUUGCGACUGGAUUUUCUGGAGGCUACCUGGGCCCAGCCAAAUGCUACUGGAUUUUGCGAUUUAGACGUGUUUCUCGUAUCAGGAGGUUCAUCUACAGUGCCCAGAAUAUGCGGGGAAAACACUAAUCAGCAUGUAUACGUUGACUUUAACGGAGCAACGCCAAUCACGAUAUCCGUCGACACCAACGCGGAUUUUGCGUUCGAUCGACGCUGGAAUAUAAGGAUCCAGCAAAUAGCGUGCGAUUCUGUAUGCAGAGCUCCUAAUGGAUGCUUACAAUAUUACAAUAUUCUCUCCGGCACUGUAAUGAGCUUUAACUUUGGCACAACAGAAAAUGUCCGAGCUCCUCAGAUUGGAACGCGACAGAUGGUGAAUCAUCGUUAUGGCGUAUGCGUUAGAAUGGCUUUGGGAUAUUGCACUAUUGAGUGGUCGGAAGUCGAUAAUCUCUCCUUUUCCGUUUCUGGAGACACGGGAUCGUUUGAUCCAAACAUAAUAGGCACACCCUUGGUAGCAGAAUCUGGAGCUAGCUGUACCACCGAUUUCGUAAUUAUACCCGAUCCGCAAGAAAAUGGCGUUUUCGAUAAUACAGAUAGAUUUUGCGGAAAUGGAUUUAUAACUAAAACAUCGGACUUGAAGCCAUUCGUACUUUACGUCGUUACAAAUGGUGAUGAAAUGCAAGAGGCCCAAAAUAAAGGCUUCGCACUUUCAUUUCGUCAGCUGCCUUGCGCAGUUUAA